UAGCACGUCGACAUGAUGGCGGCGCCCAGUAGGGUGAGUUUAUUACCGAAGAGGGAUCAGCUGGGUGAGGCAAUGGAAGGAAGGGCACUAAGAUACAAGAGAGCUUUUGACAGUGAGGGAAACAGACAGACAGACACACACAGAGAGAGACCGCAUUUGAAAAUAUUGGACCAGAACAAACAGCUGCCAGGGUUCUCUGAGCACAGGGAGCGCAACAGUCUGGCUGUCACCAUGCUAAGCAAGCAACCCAUCCUUGUGGAAUCCCUCAUCAUGUUCACCAUCGUGCUUUGUGUGCACAGCACAGUCUGGGAUCGCUUUUCCUGGUGCGCCAUUGCGCUUGCAAUCCAAGCUUUCUAUAUCCAGUUUAAAUGGGACAACCUCCUCCGCCUGGGCAGUGCUGUCUUCCAGUUUCGGGCAGGAGCAAACAGUGGCCUCUUCCCAGCUUGCAUGGCUGUCCCAUUGCUGGGCAUUGUGAUGAAAGAGAGAUGCCAAGCAGCUGGUAUUGUGUACUUUGAGCGUUUUGGCAUCAUCGUAGCCUCCACUGGCAUGAUCAUCGCCCUGUUCCUCUCUGUGAUAGCACUCGGUGUUACCAAACCUGUGCCGACAAAUACCUGCAUCCUCUCUGGCAUUGCUGGCAGCCUGAUCAUCUACACCAUGAAGCACUCAUUGACAGUCUCUGAAGUGAUUGAGGUCCUGGAGGUCCUGCUUAUCUUUGUCUACCUCAGUAUGAUACUGCUAUACUUGCUGCCUCGAUGCUUCACUCCUGGUGAGGCUCUGCUCGUCCUGACAGGAAUAAGCUUCGUCCUCAAUCAGCUCAUCAAACGUUCUCUGAACGUAACCGAAAGCAGAGGGGACCCGAUUGACUUCUUCCUCCUGGUGGUGGUGGUCGGGGUGGUUCUCCUUGGGAUAUUCUUCACCGCCCUCUUUUUCUUCAUGGAUUCUGGGACCUGGAUCUCCUCCAUGUUCUUUCAUAUGAUGACGGCGGUGCUGGGUCUGGGGGUUGUCAUGCCGUGGCUCUACCGCUUGAUCCGGCAGAACCCCCUCUUUUGGCUCUCCCAGUUCCUCUCUCAAACACAGACCAGAGUUUAUCUCCUCGCCUACUGGAUCCUCCUGGCUGCUUUGGCAUGCACAGUGGUUCUCUAUCAAAACGCCAAGAGGUCAUCUGGUUCUAAGAAACACCAAGCAUCAACCAUAACCAGGAAAUAUUUCCAUUUCAUUGUGGUGGCAACGUAUGUCCCAGGACUCAUCUACGACCGCCAGCUCCUCUACGUGGCUGCUGUGGUGUGCUUGGCAGUUUUCAUUCUUCUAGAGUACAUCAGAUACUUCACCAUCAAACCCUUGGGGCACACCCUCAGGAACUUGCUAUCUCUCUUUUUGGAUGAACGGGACAGUGGGCCUUUGAUCUUGACUCACAUCUAUCUUCUGCUGGGGAUGUCCCUUCCUGUUUGGCUGUUCCCCAGACCUUGUGCCUCAAAGGCUACUUUGCCUGGGGCUGGAGCCCUGGCCCCUUACUCUGGGGUGCUUGCUGUGGGCAUUGGGGACUCAGUAGCUUCUAUUUUUGGGAGCACAGUGGGGGAGAUCAAAUGGCCGGGGACCAAGAAGACCUUUGAGGGCACCAUGAUGGGCAUAUUUGCCCAGAUCAUUGCUGUUGCCAUCAUUCUGAUCUUUGACAGUGGUGUGGAUCUAAAUGCCAGCUACUCCUGGAUUCUGGCAUCUAUUAGCUUGGUUUCCCUUUUGGAAGCCUACACUACCCAAGUGGACAAUUUACUUCUGCCUCUCUACCUCCAAAUACUACUGAUGACUUAGGGGACCUUGGUUGGGAAUCUUGGCAUGACCGGUGCGGGGAUGGAGGCUAUAGGUAGGGCAAUGGCUUGAAUCACUGUAGUGAACUCACAGUAUCAGGCUAUAAAGUUCAAAAAGAGGGAUAACAGUGUUCAGAUAAUUGCUCUUGGAUCAAAUGAAUAUUUAAAAAUGGACAUGCAAAAG